AUGAUCUACUAUUGGCAUUACAUUUGUCUGUUUUUUAUUUUAUUGAUAUCCUUUAUAAGGACAGAAUUUUCACUCAAAGAUAAUCUUAAAGAUGACUUUCGAGAAACAUUAUUUAUUACAAGAUUGAAAAAUCAGAAAUUUUUUGCUCAAUUUGACUUUAAUAUUAAGGUUGGAAAUGUUAGUUCUCAAAUAUAUGAUCUUUUUCCAAGAACUAUUGGUGAAAUUGUUGAAAAACACUCUCUUGAUUACCUUUCUUUUUCACUUGCAUUUUCAAAUUGGUUAACAAAUGAUUGGGGAUAUCAACCAUAUCCUGAACAUCCUGUAGGAUCUUCUUUAAAGGUAGUUUUUCACAAUAAUUCGGAUCCUGAUAGUAAUUGGCCAAAUCUUGUAAAUGCUUUAAGUGGGAUUUUUUGCGGAUCUUGGCAUAAUUCUGCUACUUAUUAUACCAGAACAAUAAACAAAUUUUACAAAGAGGCUGUUUUUCCUGAAGAGUCUGUUUGUACUGAAAAUUUCUUUCCAUUCCUAAAAAUAUUGCCAUGUAAAGGAGUUGCUGGAAUCGCUAGUUUAAUGAAUACGGAGACUUUUUAUGCUGCUGAUUUUAACAGCAUAAGUUUAAAUUUUAAUAUAACUACAGGUAUCUUAAAAGUGGUGGUAAAUUUUGUUGCAUCAAAAGAUAAAGGUCUUAGAAAUUUUGAUUUUGAAAGUAUAUUUGGAAAAACUUUGUCUUCUUCUAGUUGUCAAUUAGCUUCUUCAUCUAAAGUGUAUAUAGAAAAGUUUCAAGGAAUGGAAUUUUCAGUUGUUCCUAAUAAAAUAUUAAAGAAAUAUGGAAGAGAAUUUUUAAUGUAUGAUCUUUUGGUGUCAGGUUUGACUUCUGUAUCAGGGAAAUUUCAAGAUCCAACUAUCAAACCUAGAGAAAGACUUUCGUAUCCACCUAUGAUAACUAUUUACUCUUCAACAUCACAUGUAGGAGAACAAUCAGGAAAUGUUAUUACAAAAAUUAGAAAUAAAUAUUCAACUGAGAUUGAUGUUGUCUUGUCACAAUCAAUUCAAUGGUAUAUAAAAAUUUUUUUACACUCAUUGACAUUUCAAUGUGAUGGUGUUAAAGUACCUUUUUCCUUUAAACAUAUAAUUCAAUCAAGAAUUAGAGAUCGUCCAUAUUAUUAUGAAAUAUCUACUACGCUUCCAAAAAAUUCACUUUGUGUUCUUAAAUUUAAUUAUGGUCUCCACCUUUUAAAAACUUCUGAAUAUCCUCCAGAUGCUGAGAAAGGUCGUGUUAUUGAAGGAAUUAAAUUAGAUUUGUUACUACCAUCUGAAAUUUAUUUUUCUAAUGCAACAUAUAUUAAUAUUGAGGAGACUGAUAUUCAUAAUAGCUUUAUUAAGUUUACAAUUUAUGGUCAUCCAAUAUCAAUUCAACUUCCAUUACCUGAUUUUUCUAUGCCAUUUAAUGUAAUAUGUAUGGUUUGCACUGUUAUGUUUAAUUUUUACGGAUCAUUUCAUGCGUUAUCAACUAAAGUAUUCUUAAUGUCAACUGGAUCUAUUAAUGAACAACCUAUAUUAAGAAGAAUAUUAUUAAGAUUACGUGAUAAAAUUCGUAACUUUUUUAAUAGAAAAAGUUUAUCUGUCACAGAAGAAAAAUUGAAAACCGAUUAA